AUGGGGGCAUUUAGUGAUGCUGGAAAUUAUCGACCAAUUUCUCUAACUUGCAUUCUAUGUAAAGUGUAUGAAAAGCUUUUGUUUAAACAUCUGUACAGUCAUGUUAAGGGAUUUAUUAGUCGGAAUCAGCAUGGGUUUAUGGAAGGGAAGUCUUGUCUCUCUAACUUGUUGGAAUCACUACAAUAUAUUAUCACGUUUUUGGAUAGUGAAGAUCCUGUUGAUCUUAUAUAUUUGGAUUUUCAAAAAGCUUUUGAUAAGGUUGCACACGAAAGAUUGUUGUUAAAGUUAGAAAGUUACGGAAUUACUGGGCAGGUUCAUGACAUUAUAAGGAACUUCCUGACAGGUAGAUCAAUGGCAGUACGUGUGGGAGAUCAUAUUUCAUCAUGGGAGCCUGUUACUUCUGGAUUUCCCCAAGGGUCUGUUUUGGGACCCUUGUUAUUUAUAUUAUUUAUUAAUGAUAUGCCACAAGUUACUAAAUUUAAUACUGUGCUUUUCGCUGAUGAUUCCAAAGUUAUUGGUAAUGCAUAUUAUCCGGAAGAUAUUCAAACAGACAUUGACUGUCUCAGUAGGUGGUCAGAAAUAUGGCAGAUGAAAUUUAAUGUGGAAAAGUGUGGUGUACUUCACAUCGGAGAGAGCAAUCCGCAACAUGGCUAUACAUUGGAUGGUAUUCAACUAAAAAGUGUACAGAAAGAAAAGGAUUUGGGGGUAACCUGGUCUGCCGGGAAGUCCUUAUUUGAUGAUCAUAUUCGAGAAGGAAUCGGAAAGGCCAAGAGGAUGAUUGCCUGGUAA